UGUUAUUAUAACGCUGCAACAUGCGUUUACGUGGUUCAACCCUGACGAAGGAAAGAGGUGCCCUUAUCGUCUCGCAGCCUUUAAAUCCAGCAGAGACCGUAUUAUCCAGUUACGUGCUGGAUUAAGGUCCCAGGCUGUUUGCGAGGAUUUUGAAUGUUUUGAUCCUUCGCGGCCCCUGUAGCGUCCGUAGUUACCGCGCCCCUGGUAACAGCCCGCCAUAAGCAGGGUGCCUUCAGGUCGCCGGGCCCCGCGCCGGCUUCCCCGCCCCGGGCCAGCGCUGGCGCUUCGGCCUCGGAGGUGGGUGAUGGCCGCCUCGCACCCAGUGGCAAGGCUUGCGGCCGCCAGUUUCCACCUCCCGGUCAAUCCCAACACAGGAGCGCGGGUCGCCCACUACGAACGUGCAGCCCCCUUGAAUUCUGUGGCGGCAGCGGCCUCGGAGGAUGAGGACGACGACCAAGUUGUGCGGCCUGAGCGGCUGGCGGCUGAUCUCAACACCAACUAUUCUGGCGUGGCUGAUCAUAUGAACUAUGAAGACUUUGUGAACUUUUCUGAUGUUUACCACUCUAAUCAAGAAUAUUUCAGGAAACUAGAAGAACUGAAGGCUGCCCACAUAGAAACUAUGGCAAAAUUAGAGAAAAUGUACCACAAUAAAUUAAAUUUAAAGGAAGUUCAGCCAGUGGUUGUCAGGGAAAAUGUUCCCAGUGUCUCUUCUAGGUCUGUGUCGGAGAAGAAUUACUGUCACCCUGUCUCCUUGGUGGCAUCGGUUUCAGAGCCAGAUUUAGGCUGCUCUUCUUCCUGUACAUCUUCUGAAGAGGAGUUGCCCAAUCUAGAAAAAGACUAUCCCGGGAAAACCAGAGCAAUGUCUUAUGCUAGGGAACUCAUCAACAACAUGUGGACAAGCUUCCGUGUUCAAGAUUAUAUUCGGGGUGAAGAUGCUGACUUUCCAGCAGUUGGAAAGCCAAAGAGGAAACCCAAAGAAUGGGUGCCGAGGAUUACAGUACCUGAGCCUUUUCAAAUGAUGAUUAGAGAGCAGAAGAGAAAAGAGACCCUGAAAUCUAAGUCAGACAUCGAAAUGGUACAGACACUUCUCAAAAAGGAAGAAGAAGAGAAGGAGUUUAAGACGACAUUCCGGGCCAAUCCAGUCCCUGAGUCUGUCUUUCUGCCCCUUUAUCAUGACCUCAUCAAGCAAAAUGAAGAACGGAAGAGGAACAUAAAAGAGAAGAGUAAAGCUGCUCUCUUGGCUUCUCAAAAGCCCUUUAAGUUUAUGGCAAGAGAGGAGCAGAAGCAGGUGGCCCGGGACAAGCAGCUGAGAGAUUACUUUAAGUCUAAAAAGAAGACAUAUAGAUUUAAAGCCAGGCCAGUACCCCGAUCUAUUUAUGGUUCCAUGAAUAGCGACAAGUCAAAGGAAGAAGAUCGCCAUAAAAACUUCAAGGUACAGCUGAAAGCCCAGGAGAGCCUACAGAAUUCAUCUCCCCUGCCUCGGAAGUCAGCUUACAAGCGGUUCAGGAGCCCCAGGCAUCCAGACCUGUCUGUGAAGUUGAAGUACAAGCCCAAGGCAAGGAGCCAGCCUCCUGAAUUCGAAGACUCUGCUGAGAGGUACCAGGCACACUCCUCAGAGCACAGGGACUCGAAACUCCUGACAGACUUUGAACAGUUUGAUACUCGUCCAUCCUCCAGCACUAUUAACAGAGAGAAGGUCUUGGCGGACAUUAAAGCAGAUGAAGAAGGCUUAAAAGAGGCACCUUGGUCAUAUCUGUCCCCAAGACGUAAGUCACAAGUAAGAAGUCUGAAUUCAAAGCCGAGGCCUUGUAAAUGCAACCCUCCAACGCCCACAAUGGCUUCCAAAAGACGAGGAGAAGCCAUCAGGAGAUCACUUGAGGAAAAGAAAAUGUUGGAAGAGGAGAGAAAUCGGAUCCUAACUAAACAGAAGGAAAGAAUGAAAGAAAUGCAGAAACUCCUGACUACCCGGGCUAAGGCCUAUGACUCCCAUCAAAGUUUAGCUCAAAUGUCUAAAUCCAGACUUACGUACCUCAGAAAGAGUGAAAAAGAAAGAAUGAGACAGUAUCGACAAGAACUAGAAGAAAGAGAAGAAAAAUUAAAAACGAGGCCACUACUGUUCGAAAGAGUUGCUCAGAACAAUGCAAGAUUGGCAGCAGAAAAGCAUUAUUCCAACACCCUAAAAGCAUUAGGAAUAUCUGAUGAGUUUGUUUCAAAGAAAGGCCAAAGCAGAAAAUUGCUUGAGCAUUUCACCAGUCAAGAGACACCAAGUUUCAGUGAAGAUGAAGAAAGCCUUCAUGAAGAGGGAGACACAGAAGAGAGAGAGAACGAGGAAGAAAAUGAUUCUGUUGAUGCUGACAGUCAGGAUUCUUGCAAGGAAGAAGCUGAAGCUGAAGAAGCAAAUGGAGAAGAGAAGCCUGCUGAGGAAUCUCACUGAGUCAGGAAGAUCUCCUCUCCAUGACCUUGUAAUCCUUGGCAGCCUCAGGACGGUCGCAGCUGCAUUUGUGAUGUUGAGAACAUCCACGGGUCGGCCUCAGCUAGGGGCAGAGCUGUGAACCAGGACAGUGGUAGCCUGAGAGGGCUGAGUCUGGCUCACCGGUCAUUUGGCCACUUGGAGGAAGGCUUUGCCCAUUCCGUUUUUAAAAUGGCAGCAUUUUGUGUGUUUGCCAUUCUGAUCUUCUAUUCCUGAAAAAACCCACCUGCCUCUAACUGAUUACCCAUUAAAAUAUUCAUUGCUUCAUUAUUACCAGUGGGGAAAUGUGACUUACCAUGGAAAGCAGAAGGAUGGUUUGGCCUUUGGUAUUUGACCAUUUAAAAAAAUUCUGGAAGACACGAUCAAUAAAUAUUUUAAAUUACUAA